AAAAAAUAUAGAAAAGGAGCUAAUGCAAAUGGCAAUGCUAAAGCAAGGCUGUUUAUUGUAACAAACCAAAGGCAGCCGCAGCUUUGCUUUUGGGAAAAGCAGAAAUAUGCCCGAACUGGAAGAACUGCUAUAAUAACGAGCUGCUGCUCGACGUCCACGUUGUCGUGCGACGAUGGCAGUCUCUCAGGCGUUUUCCUUCCCUUUCUUGUCGUCACUUCCGGUGUUUUGCUUUCUUCUCCUCGGUUGGCGCGCCUUGGUCUUCCGCCUUGAGACCUGCAACCCAAGUGGAAGUCGGAAGACGGAAUGUUGGAUUGCAAACACCAUAGCGAGCAGAAGAGGCAACCAAAAAUGUCCCUGUACGUCACUGAAAGAAGCCACAUUCCACAGUGACGUAGAUGAUUUGCUCCGCGGCGUCCUGCACCUCGGGUCCGAAUUCGAGGAGCCGAAACUCGUCCUUCCACCUGCUCCAGCAGCAGGCGCAGGUGAACCCACAGGGACACCAAAAGAAGUAUGCGAGAAAGCAACUGCGGAAAGAACAGGUCUGCACCCAUGGGGAAUCGAUAUUUUUCUGUACGAAAAUUUCUUCAAGAAAUCUUCGGAUAGACCACCGGUCUCGUCAAAACGUUUUGGGCUACAGAUUGUGGAUAACGCUACGAAGAGGCUGCAGUUUUUCAGUGACUGCGCCGGGUGGAGUGACACAUGCCGAGUUAUCGAUACGCACGGAAACCGAAGGGAAGCUAGUGGCUCAAGCAAUACCGAUACCUCAGGUGGCGAUGGAAGCUCCAGCCCGUCCUGUUCCGCGCCGUCCAUUCCUGAGUGCGCACCCUCCAAGCUCCGAGUGGAGAACAAUCACAUGUUGAGCGAAUGCAUUUCCAAAGUCAUCUCCACAUCUACUUCAUCUGCCAGUGAAAUCGACUUACUCUUUCUUGACCUGUCCGGCUCCCACGAAAACGCUAUCCACAAUUUCGAUUUAUCAAAAACCAAGAUCGAAUUCGUGCUGAUUCGAUUCGACAAGCAGAACCGCGGCAGUAUGGAUUUGUGGUUCGAGCGCAUGGGGUAUGUGCACGUGUACACACUCGGUUUCGCGUACCGGCUGUUCAAGAAGCGCGGUUGGCGGAUGCCGGUACCGGGACCAGACGAUCCGAAAUUGUGCGGGAAAGCAUCGGUGACUCUGCAGAAUCCGUACUGCGCGCCGAUUCCGAACAACGAGAACCUGGAAACGAUUGCGCACUUCGAGAGGCUGGUUGGCACAGAGGAAUUUCGAAAAGGGGCGACGAGUUUGAAAGCGCCGUCGUGGAGCAUCGAUGGAAGUAAAAGUAAAACGGCCUUCGCGGCGGGCGCCCCCUAUCUCUCUGAGGACACGCAGAUUUUGCCUUCUAAGACUUCCGAAGCGGCUGCCGCGACGUUUUCCUACUCCACGCCUUUGGUUUCCCCCUCGAAGUGGUUGGUCGAGAAGGGAAAUGCUGCCAAACUCCUCCCCGUAACAAUAAAGCCCGAAUACAAGGAGUUUUGCAUGAACAUAAUGGAGGGAAAGUCGGAAAGCGGUUUCGCCCAGUUUUGGCAGGACUGGAUGCUGUAUCGGAACUUCUUCGCAGGAAAGACGGGAAAAGGAUUCUUGUACGUCGACGUCGGGACGAACGACGCCAUAACGAUUUCCAACACGGUAUUUUUCGACAAAUGCCUCGGUUGGGAGGGGGUUUGCUUCGAGCCGCAACAGCGGUACCAUAGCAGAAUUCGGGAGAAGCGAGGCUGCAGAUUGGUGCCGCAUUGUGUUUCCGCGAAAGAUGAGGUGGUCGCCACAAGUGGGGGCGAUGUAGUGAUGACUGUGCAACAGAGUGGUUCCUCCAGCAGCGGAUCGGCAGCGCUCACCGCAAAAACCGAGCGCAGGUGCGUGGGACUGCGAGAGGAGCUGAAGCGGCAGAGUCUCGAAGGACGGCAGAUAGACGUGCUGUCGAUUGAUAUUGAAUCGUACGAGAACGUAGUGCUGCGCUGUAUAGACCUGGAAGCGUUGAAAGUACAAGCGGUGGUGAUCGAGACCAACAAACAGAACAGGGAUUUAGUGGACGCGUUUUUCCUGGAAAGGGGGUUCUCGAAAGCGUUUGUAAUGAUUCUGAUUUACACUUUUUUACUACUACUUCGUUCGUAGUAAGUUGGUUUUGUUCCACCCUGUUUUUGAUUUUGUAACUCGUAUUGCGAAGUGGAAUUAGGAAUAGGAUAAGCAAGCAUGCUUUUUACUUUAUUUUUGCAGGUUUUCUUUGGUAUCGACGACCUCUACGUGCGGAACGCUGCAUUGCCUUCCACCGGAAAAACGAACUAUGUGUUGCCGCCUACUUUCCCUUCGUUGAGUCGAAUCGACCACAGACGAGAGUGGAUUUGUCCCGCAGAUGCUGUCGCUGCCCCAAAUAAUAAACUCGGCGCGCCGACGGCGACACCCUCGAGAAGUAACGCAGUAGAUUCAUCAGCUACAACUGGGAGUGCGGCAGCUCCAGUCUUCCGGCUGGUUUCCAACACUUUCUCCGGAUACGUGGUCUCGCUUCCGAUGUCUAUUUCUGGUGAAGUAGCCCCAGCCGCCGACUCGGCUCUGUACCUGGAUCCUGCACAGGCGUUUUCUGCCUCCUCCCCAGCCUCCGCACAAUCCCUCGCCGAGGGCAAACUCGUUUUCCCUCCGGAGAUUAAAUCGGUAAUAGUAAACGUGGGCAGCAAUAUCGAUCCGCCGCAGCCGGACGCGAAGGAUGGAUCCGAGGCCGUGAUUGCGGUGGAGCCAAUCGUCGCAGUCGCCAGCGAGAUCAUUCCAUACGCCAAGAAGAGAUUGUCAGCUUCUUUCUCGUUCCCGUGUGCGAAAGAGGACGCAACUUCAACCGGGCAGAAGUGUUUGGACCGUCUCUUCGUCCUCCCCGGUUGCUUUGCGAGUAGUGGCGGGGGUUUCCGGGGCUUCAAGGUGCGUAACGAUCUCGGCGCGAGUAGUAGUCUGGCGGCGCCAGCGGAUAAAAACGCAGAGUGGAAUAAACGAACGAUGAAAGGGGGGAGCUUGGCAGUCGUGCCACUUCUGGGUAUUGCAAGUUUGUUCGCGGCUAUCCCGGAGACGGUAGCGGUAAAGUGGGUAAAAACAGACAUGCAGGGGUUCGACUUUGAAACCGUGAAAUCCAUGACAUCUUCCGCUGCAAGGAAAAGUCGGACUCGGAGUCCUGAAAGCCAGCAUCUCUUGGGCCCCCGCCUGCCUUCCUUACGUACCGAGGUGUACUGCCAAGGCGCUGCAACGUAUGUUGGCGCCAAAAACGACUUGCUGAGGGACUUCAUCCCUUUAAUGCUGUCCGAAGGUUACACACUAUCUGGCGCAACCGGCUGCGCAAAGACAGAACUGAAGAAGUGCCCGGAGCUCUUUCGGGUAUCUCCUUCUUUACCAGCGGCAACAGCAAGAGCAGAGGCAGUUCAGAGUAAGACCUCGAUGGAGUACGAAUACUUCGAGUCCGAAACCGGUACGGUCGAGGUGGUAGGGGAUAUAUCGACGGCUUCUGGGCUGAAAGUCUUUCUGGAAAAGCUGGAGAAAUGUCGGACGGAAUUGCGAGCCGGAGGCGUUGGGACAAACAGGGGAGGGUUAUUUGGAAAGCUGUUGGGACUGUUUACCGGCUCCAAGGGACGAAGUGGAGGGACAGGGAUCUCCGGGAGCUUCUCCGAAGGGGACGCAGACUGGAAAUUUAUCAAGCGACCUGGGUACUUAAAUUUAUGCUUUUACUCUGCUAUUCUCGUUCUCUGGAAUGUAUAUAGUUUGUGCCAGCACUUCAGUACGACGCGCCUGGGCAAAUAGAUCCAGUAAAAGUUUGCUAAUCUCAGCGGGAUUUGUUUCCUACCGCUCACUUUCAGUGUAAAUCAAGAAACACUCCACGAACAGGACCUCUGCGACUUCACCAGAUGUGUCAGCAGCCCCCUCAGCUGCAAAGGACCUCGUCGCCCUGGACGCAGUUUCGAAUCCUCCAUCCUCAGUAGAGGUUUUGCGUGACAUUCAGGAAACAGAACUACACGUCCAGCUGGGGGGUGCGACGGACCCGGCGGAGGACUCGUUGGACGAGAAAGCCAUGACGACUUCCAGCACUUCAACUUCUGGCACAGCACGAGCUACAGUGGCCGCACGGAUAAUAACUGAGCCUGUGUUGUCGCGCUGCAGGGACCUGCACGAUCGCGGAGCCUCUGCAAAGGAGGGCACGAAGGAUGGGGUUUCUGGAGAUACGACUUCUAAGCAGCCGAUGAAGCGGUACGUAGUGUGCGCGCUGAUGGCUCCUGGGAUUCCAGGGGUGCGAACGCUUUGGCAGAGAAGCUCCUCUUCUAGCAGUGUAGGUCUCGAUUCACACAAGCCCGCUUUCGUCCCGACGCUGCCGCUUAGUCGCCUGCUCGACUCACUGCCGAAGCGACCAAAAUCCCUGACAGUGUCCAGUGAGAGUGAUUUGGAUUUUUUAAAUUUGUCAGUUAGCAGCGGCAGUGCGGACAAUAUCUUCGCGAAGCCAAAAUGGUUUCCUCCUCGUAUUCUGCUCCGACUGACGACGGGAAACGCGGCUGAGGUGUUUUGCGGGACGGGACGGUGGCCGAAACUGCUGUCGGACAGGGGGUUUGCUUUCACGAACAAAGAAGCGCUGCGGGGAAGGUUGAAAGAGGAGCGAGGCCUCAUUCCAGAUUGUGGUAGCGGGAGCACGACAAGUUCUGGCGCAGUGGCAGCAACCGCCGAAAAGCAGAAGAAAACUUUUUUCAUCGCGAGCUGGGAAAGGAUCAUUUAAGGCUUACAGAAAUUAGUUCCUACCCUUGUUCCCGAAAACUUAGGUUUGAAAAAAAUGGAAAUAAACCGCGAGGGGGGUUUAGCUUGCACAUCUUCGCAGUCGCUUGGAAUGGCCGAAGGCCAUGAAGGGCGUGGCUGGGAAGCAGCCAGCGCGCGAGCUUGGGGGAGAACGGGCAGCCGUCUUCGGGGGGGCUGCCGCGCUUCUCCUGCCGGGCUGCCAGGAGUGGGCCUUACGCUCCUGCUCGUUGAAAGCGCGUGGCUUUCAAGUGCCCUGCUAUUGGAAAUGAAUUAAGUAUUUGCAUUGCCUUAGCAUAGGAAGUAUUUUCUUUGUUGUGCUAGUAUAUUGCAAGCAAUUCGUGUUCAGCGCCAGGUCGUUGAAAGCAAUGCGCCUUCAAUGUCAGGGGUCGCCCAGCAGCUGCCACACUCUAGCCUUUCGGAAAUGCGUUCCCAAGGUUUGCCGGAAAUCCUGGGAGCAUAUUUCGGCAAGGCCCCCACGUCGGCUUUGUGCUCUGGCCGGCAGUAGGUCUGAAGACCUCGCGCAAAAUCAUCCGACGUCGGGGAGAUAAAGAAGUGCGCCCCUGGGAUUUUCGCCGCGUCGAGACCUGGGAUCAUAGUUCUGCAAAGCCCCCUCGUAAGAUGAUGCUGCGCGGGAUUUUCUGUGUUUCAAGGUCAGAACACAAACUCGAGUAGCACUCUCGUGCUCUGGCUUGCAGAACUGUGCUCCUAAGAUUUGCUGACAUCGAACUCAAGUCCGAGAAUUCCUCAGAUGCGAGCUCACAUCCGAGAACUCCUCACAUGUAGACGCAGUACGCAAAUCCCAGGAGCGCAUUUCUUUGAGACACGAAAGCCGAAGCUGUAGGAGCGCGAGUUCUGCUGUGCUCUUAGGUAAAGAAAACUCGCGCAGCAGCUUUUUCCUCCUGGCCUUCUAGAAGUGUGCUUCUGAACACAUCUGCAGAGCGAUCUGCUUUGUCUUCUAGGGAGAAGACACAGCUUCUUCUAGAAGAAGAAGCAGCUUCUUCUAGAAGCUGCGUCUUCUAGAAGAAAAAAAGCUGUGUCUUCUACAGGAAGACCAGCCUCAUAGAAGAAGACAAAACUUCGCGUUUUCUUCUAGAAGAGGACGCAGCUUCUUCUAGAAGAAGAAGCUGCGUUUUCUUCUAGGAACUCAGUUUCUAGAAGAAAACUUUUUUCAUCGCGAGCUGGGAAAGGAUCAUACUAGAAUCGUAGCAGCAGAUAUCGAAGGAAAAAAGUGUUACAGUUACACACGACAUCGAAAAUAGCGUAUUUUUUCAAGGGCAGGCUAGAACUUUUUUCGAGCCGCGGCUACCUGUCAUGCCUAUUGCGUUUUCAUUUUCGUGUCAGGCAAAAAGGAGGCCUCCACGUAGCUGCGGCUGCUUCAGUUCACUGGAAUAGCUAAGAAGGCAAGCUGCUACAUGUCGCGGACCUGAUUGAGAACUACAGUGACUGAUAGACCGGGCGGCGGCAGAAUGUCUCAGCGAAACAAUAGAGCGGGCCAAGGUCAAAGCGAUGCUUUCGACCUUGUGAUGGACAAUGCCUGCUGUUUCACUUAGUUGCAAAUCUGAUGAACCGCAGCGACCGUUUUUGACGCCUCCAGGCCGACUUGCGCAACGGCGACACGCACGGGAGCGAAAAGUGCAGAACAGCGCUCGCUGGCAUUUGACGCGACGAGCGGGCGCGUUUGCAGUGCCAGCCUUUUCCUUCCCAUCGUGGUCAUGAUGGCUCUACGUAAUUUGCCCUUUCCUGGCCAAAUCGACGCCCUGUCCCGAAUGCCAACUUUCCACCCGGAUUGCAAAAAAAAGUGAUACACACUGUAUUUUUUUGAGGGGUCAAAGCAAGGCCAGAAAAAAUAGCAACUGUAUCACUUUUUUUUCCAUGUGUAACACUUUUUUCACCGGGCGGAAACCAACUUCGAUAUUUUUCUCCCCGAGCGGAACCUUGAUACUUUUUGAAAUGUGUAACACAGUAAGUCGCAGAAGGCCGUGGGGGUUCGCAAAAAAACUGCUGUGUUACACACCAAAAAGUGCAACUUUGGCCAGCCCUCAAGGGAGGGUCAAAAUGUGGGUGAUUUUGCGCAAGAGGUUGCCGCUUUUUUUUCCAAAUGUGUAACACCUCGACUGAAAGCAAACACGCGAAAGCGCGAGUCUUCAGCUGGAGGCUCUGCGUCAAGUUUGCACACCACGCAAAAGAAGCUGGCCCCACGUCCGUGAUUGAAUUUCAGGGAUCCUGCGGGCGCAGGCUGCUCCGUGGGUGUCUGAGAACAUAAGAGCAGAAGAAAACUUUUUUCAUCGCCAGCUGGGAAAGGAUCAUACUAGAAUCGUAGCAGCAGAAGUAGCAAACUGAAAAAAACCUUGUGAAGAGUGAUCGCUAAAAAUGCAAAUUCUUGUAAACCCCACCCGAACUACGCCUCAAAAAAUGAUUCUCUUAAUUGAUGCAAAUAAAUCAAAAAAGCAGCAACCUUCGGGUAUUGCUACCUCCUUUUGAGUCCAAAAAACUGCGACAUUGAC